AUGGCGGAUGAGCCUCGCCAUGAAAUUCUCAGGAGUCACUACACUCACCGAGAUCUGAAGCCGGAGAACUUCAUUUUCACCACCAAGGAGGGUUCAAAGACACGGAAGUUCCCAGUGUUGACUACAAAAGCCGGCACUCCUUACUAUGUGGCCCCCCAGGUCCUUGCUGGCAAAUAUGAUCACAUGGCCGACAUGUGGAGCCUGGGUGUGAUCAUGUACGUCAUGCUGUGUGGUUAUCCUCCCUUCUAUGGUGAGUCGGACCAGGAAGUUCUUGACGAGGUCCGUCAAGGAAAGGUGAAGUUUCAGGCAGCAGAUUGGAAGAAUGUUUCUGAAGAUGCCAAAGCGCUGAUCAAGAACCUCUUGCAGAUGAACCCCAAGGACAGAUACUCUGCCGAGCAAGCGUUGAACGAUGUGUGGAUCAAAGAAAAGGCCCCGAAGGCCAAAGAUGUCAACCUGCAGGACGGUUUCGUCGACAAGCUGCGUGGAUUCCUGUCGCAGAACAAGUUGAAGAAAGCAGCCUUGCAGGUGAUUGCAAGCAGUCUUGAUGACAAGCAGAUCCAGGCCUUGAGAGAGACUUUCCAAGCGCUAGAUGAGAACGGAGAUGGGCUGCUAACUGCAGCCGAACUUAAAGCAGGCUUGGAGAAGGGUGGCUUGAAGGACAUUCCAGGCGACCUUCAGGAGAUCAUGAGGAGCAUCGAUGCAGAUGGAAGCGGGGUCAUCGAUUACACGGAGUUCCUUGCGGCCACUCUGGACAGGAAGCACUUCAUUGAGGAAGAUGCUUGUUGGCAAGCUUUCCGCGUUUUCGAUCGCGAUGGCAAUGGUACCAUCAGCCAGAAAGAGCUCGCGGAGGUCUUGGCCAGUGAUGACGUUGCAGGCAAGUUUCACAAGGAGACUCAGGAUUUGAUGAAGAUGGUGGAUACAAAUGGGGAUGGUGAAAUCGACUUCCAGGAGUUUAUGCAAAUGAUGAGGAGCUGA